ACCUCUCAUUGGCUUUUUACAGAUAUUAUCACUACCUGUACUCCCAUUACCUGCCAGCCAGCCUGAAGAACAUGGUGGACCAACUGGCCAAUUGUGAGGACAUUCUCAUGAAUUUCCUGGUGUCUGCUGUGACAAAAUUGCCUCCAAUCAAAGUGACCCAGAAAAAACAGUACAAGGAGACAAUGAUGGGACAGACUUCUCGGGCUUCCCGUUGGGCUGACCCUGACCACUUUGCCCAACGACAGAGCUGCAUGAAUACGUUUGCCAGCUGGUUUGGCUACAUGCCGCUGAUCCACUCUCAGAUGAGGCUUGACCCCGUCCUCUUUAAAGACCAGGUCUCUAUUCUGAGGAAGAAAUACCGAGACAUUGAACGACUUUGAGGAAUCCUACCGAGGGGGGUCCAGCUGCUCUCUCUUCCCUGUGCAGAUUCAUCCACUCGUCAGCAGAGCCAGAUUGUGCCAAGUAUCCAAAUAAACUUAGAUGAAUGGAAUGACAAAAAAAAAAGGCCAAUGAGAACUCAACUCCUGGCUGCUGGGACUGCACUGGACAGCUCCACUCCUCACUGGCUUCUGUGUCCCAAGACUAGGUUAUGUACAGUUUAAUUAUGGAACAUUAAAUAAUUAUUUUUGAAAUGAUUGCUAUGCAGGUUUAAACUUUUUUAAUGAUCAAAACUA